CCCCGGGUUGCAGCCUGCUUCUCUCUCCCUCCAACUCGCCCUUGUCGUUGGAACCCCACCCCUCACUCACCCCCUUGGACGGUAGUGUUUGAGCCCGCGUGUAAAAGGGGGGGUUCAACUCUCCGACCUGCUCUUCUCUGGCCGGCGUCGAAACGAAGUGGACCUUGUUCCUAAGUGGCGUUUUUUUUAUUUUUUAUUUUAGGAACAACGCAAAAAUAAAAAAAAUUCCGCAACAUUAAACAAUUCAGUAAUUGACGUCCAAGUCGUGGGAGACCUGAGUGGGGGGAACCAACAAUAACCUGGAACAAUGAAGUGGGGUUGGGUGUUUCUGGGGGCCCUGCUCUCUUUGGGGAACAUGUCCUGGGGAGAGAAGGGUCUGGAGAUCCCCGAGUAUGAUGGCAAAGACCGCGUCCAUGAUCUCAACGCUAAGAACUACAAGUCUGUGAUGAAGAAGUACGAUGUCAUGGUGAUCUACUACCAUGCACAUGUGGAGAACAACAAAAACGCCCAGAAAGCAUUCGAGAUGGAGGAGCUCGCCCUGGAGUUACUCACCAGUCCAGCCGCCCUGACGUACCAGCUUGCAGCCCAGGUUCUGGAUGAUCUCGACGAUGAAGACAUUGGCUUCGGCCUUGUGGAUGAGAAGAAGGACCUCUCUGUUGCCAAGAAGCUGGGUCUGGAUGAGGUGGAGAGCAUCUAUAUCUUUGUCGAUAAUGAGAUAAUUGAGUACGAUGGUGAGCUGGCCGCUGACACCCUGGUGGAGUUUCUCUAUGAUGUGAUUGAGGACCCUGUGGAGAUCAUUGAUAAUGAGCGUGAGCUCAAGGGCUUCCACAACAUUGAUGAGGACAUCAAGCUGGUCGGCUACUUCAAGAGUGAGAAAUCCCCCCACUUCAUUGAGUAUGACGAUGCUGCCGAGGAGUUCCACCCCUUCAUCAAAUUCUUUGCCACCUUUGAUGCCAAGAUUGCCAAGAAGCUAAAGAUGAAACUGAAUGAGGUUGACUUCUAUGAACCCUUCAUGGAGGAGCCAGUGACCAUCCCAGGACAGCCCUACUCUGAGGCUGAGCUUGUAGACUACAUCGAGGAGCAUGACAGGCCCACUCUGAGGAAGCUUGAGCCCCACAGCAUGUAUGAGACCUGGGAGGAUGACAUAGAUGGAGAGCACAUUGUUGCCUUUGCUGAGGAGGAUGACCCUGAUGGUUAUGAGUUCCUGGAGAUCCUAAAGGAGGUGGCCCGUGAGAACACUGACAACGCUGACCUCAGCAUCAUCUGGAUUGACCCCGACGAUUUCCCCCUGCUUGUGCCCUACUGGGAGAAGACAUUUGGCAUUGACCUUGGUUCUCCUCAAAUCGGUGUCGUGGAUGUGGAAGAUGCUGAUAGUGUGUGGAUGGAGAUGGAUGAUGAUGAGGACAUGCCCACUGCUGAUGAGCUUGAGGACUGGAUCGAGGACGUGCUGUCUGGAAAGAUCGACCCAGACGAUGAUGAUGACGAUGAUGACGAUGAUGACGAUGACGACGAUGAUGAUGACGACGACGAUGAUGAUGACGACGACGAUGAUGACGAUGAUGACGAUGAUGAUGACGACGAUGAUGACGACGAUGAUGAUGACGAUGAUGAUGACGAUGAUGAUGACGAUGAUGAUGAUGACGAUGAUGACGAUGAUGACGAAUAAAUGAUCGCUUGCCAUCCUUGGGUUUACUCGGCUUUAACCAACAGUGGCCAAAAGCCGGCACCAAUAUUCUGUUUCCUAACAUCUCGUCGUAAACACAUGCUGUGUCCCUUCCUGUUUGCUUUCUGUAUCUCUUUCUCAAAGCCCUGGUCAGAUAGUCCAGUGACACGACCAAAGGGCAACACCUAAAUCAAUUUCACUGGGUAAGAAAAGACAGGAAAGCAGGGGGAAGUUUUUGUCUGUGAUAAAAAGAAUGGGUUGUGGUUGAAAUGUAAGUUCAGUGUUCUUUGUUCAGUAUGAAAUGUUUGUCUCUCUCGGGGUUAUAACUGUCUGUGUGUAUGUGAGGACUAAGCUGAGGAAAACUAGCAUGUUUGACCUGGUUUUGUUUAUCUCGUUUAGCACUAGUCAGGGAUGCCCCCUUUCCCCUCCCUCCUUUAUCCCAUUUUUCUGUAUUCUGGAACAACUACAUGUUUUCUACUGGUAAAGAGAAGCAACAACCAACUUAUUGUACAAUUUUUUAAAGAAAAGGAGACUUAACCUCUCUGAAACAUCUUAAGAAUAACACAGUUUGAAAAAGUGAUAAAGAUCUUGGAAUUCACAAAAAAUACAAAAUCAUUUGAUUGUUUCUGGUCCGAUAUUAGGAAAAAAAUUAAAUAUUAAAAAAUCCA